CGGAAGCCGCACUUAAUGUUUCUUCAAGUGCGUCAGGCGCUAACCCGCCUAUAGAGCUAUCAUUUAUAGCCACGGAUAUACACCAGCAUGCAUGUAAAAAUGCCUGAUGUCAGUGUUUUGGUCAUAUUGACCGUUGGAAUAUUAUUUCCAGGAAUUUAUAGCGAAGAGACGAUAUAUAAAAAGCCAGAGAUUCAUUCGCUACACAUUCAUUCUGACAUCAGAUAUCGAUAUGCCACGACAACGGUGACAAGUCGAAUAAAAAAUGUCGACUCAAAAUCAAGAGAAGCUAAUUUUGAUGUAACGCUUCCAAAUGAGGCUUUCAUCACGAAUAUGACACUAGAGAUAGAUGGCAAAAUUAUCGUCGGGGAGAUCAAAGAGAAAGAAACUGCUAAGAAACAAUACCAGGCGGCCCAACAACGCGGAGAAAGUGCAGGAUAUAUUGGAACGAGACACCGCGAGACAAACAGAUUUAACUUGGCAGUAACUGUAGCUUCACAGAGUAAAGUGUCAUUUAACCUCACAUACCAAGAAUUGUUGAAGAGAAAACAUGGCUAUUACGAGCAGGUAAUUUAUAUUGAUCCUGGUCAACCGGUCCCAAAUAUGGACAUAAAUGUCGUCAUUGAAGAAUCACGGAAGAUAACAGACCUUAGAGUUCCUCCCCUAAGAAAUGACGUCAUGGCAGAUAUCAACGACUUGAGUACUAUAACAAAAAUAUCUCAGCCAACUCCAACAACAGCGCACGUGAACUUUGCUCCAAGUAUUGAGUUCCAAACUGCACAGUCAGUUAGUGGAAUGGCCGGUCAGUUUGUUCUGCAGUAUGACGUCGAGAGGGAGAAGGACGUAGGGGAUUUAUUGGUGGUCAAUGGCUAUUUUGUGCAUUUCUUUGCACCGGAAGGGUUCAGACCAAUUCCAAAAGAUGUGUUAUUUAUCCUUGACACAAGUGGAUCAAUGACGGGGACAAAAUUAAAUCAGUUGAAACAAGCGAUGAAAUCUAUCCUGACUCAAUUGAAUGAAGGAGACCGGAUGAACAUUAUGGCGUUUUCAGGUUCAACCUCGUUCUGGAAGACAAAAAUGGUUGACGUUAUACAAGAUGACAUUAUGCAACAAGCGGUCACGUAUAUAGACUCUCUAAAGGCUGCCGGCUGGACGAAUAUAGAAUUGGCAUUGACAGCAGGUGUAGCAUUUUUAAAUGACCGCAGCCACGUACAGAACACUGUCAGGUCUCCGGUUAUAGUAUUCCUUACUGAUGGGGAAGCAACAAGUGGCGUUACCAACACUGACACAAUUUUAAUGAAUCUACGUAAAGUAAACGAGUUAGAAAUUCCAGUGUUUUCAUUGGCAUUUGGUGAAAAUGCUGACUACGAUAUUGUAAAGAAGAUUUCUAUCCAGAAUAAUGGCCUUGGUAGAAAGAUUUACGAAGCUUCGGAUGCAGCUAUGCAAAUUGAAGGGUUUUACAAAGAAAUUUCCGUGACACUGUUAAACAAUAUAACAUUCCAAUAUCUUGAUGCUCCUGUUGCUAACGUAACGCAGCACGAGUUUACAAAUUAUUUCAAUGGUACGGAAGUUGUUAUCUGUGGUCAAUUGAAUGAAGUUGAUGGUAAUAAUACGAACAACGCCCUUACGUUACAAGUCAGGUGCAACAGUGUUGAUGGACCUGGUUUGGUCUUAUCUGGUGCACUUAGUGACCUACUGAUAGACAUGGACAAUAAAGAUAAAACUGAACAUACUGGCAUUUUUGAAGAAAUAACAGAAAAGGUAUGGGCAUACUUAACAAUCAAACAGCUGCUGGACAAAGAACUUGCAACAUCAGAUACGGAGGAGAAACAGGGCUAUAAAAGACAAAUACUUGAUUUGUCUAUAAAGUACGGAUUUGUGACACCAUUGACAGCUAUGGUUGUGACAUUACCAGAAACAACAAAAACAACAAUUAUGGAUGAUAAUGUGAAUAUAAUGGAACAUAAAAGGAGACGCCAACCCCUACCGAGACCAGUUAAACGCAUUUUGCAUGACCCGGUUCAACCAGCUAUCAUGUCUAAAGGGUUCUCAAGCGGAGAGAUGGUUCCAAGCAACAGUUUUCAACAUUAUGACGGUAUGUAAAGGAACCAGAAUGUUAAGUGUAAUAAUUAAGGUCAGAUCUGUGUUUAUUAUCACACUUCACACGACUUCUUUCUGCGGUAGUAGAUCCCCCUCUCUCAACCUCAAUGUGUUAUGUUUGGAACAUUACCUGGUGAAUAGCAAGUAGAUGAUUCCUAUUGAAUUUGAGAACAUUAGGUCAAAGGUCAAGGUCACAGUGAUACUCAAUGUAUAAGCCUUAAAUGAUCGAUAUGUUCGGUAGAUGACACCUAUAUUUAAGUCACAGUUACACUUAAUGUGAAAUAUUUGUCUCAUGAAAUAACCUAGGUCAAAGGUUUUUAAAUGUUGUAUAAUAUUAUUUUUUAUAUAUUUUUGUAUAUUAUUGAUUUAACACUUGACCUUUAUGAAAUACGAAAAAGUACGUA